UGCGUCGGUAAACGAAAACGUGCGUCGCGUCGUCUGCUGGAGGAGGAGGAGAGUGAUAAAUUAAACAAAAAAUAUAUAUAUUUAGAUAAAUUUUUUAAAAAAGAGGAACAUUUGAGACGAAAUGGAUGACGAAGAGGAAACAUACAGGCUAUGGAAGAUUCGCAAAACCAUUAUGCAGCUGUGCCAUGAUCGGGGCUACCUGGUGACACAGGACGAGUUGGACCAGACACUGGACGAGUUCAAGAGCCAGUUUGGAGAUAAACCCAGCGAGGGUCGGCCCAGACGCACAGACCUCACUGUGCUGGUGGCACACAACGAUGACCCCACCGACCAGAUGUUUGUUUUCUUUCCCGAGGAGCCCAAGGUGGGAAUCAAAACGAUUAAGAUGUACUGUCAAAGGAUGCAGGAAGAGAACAUCACACGAGCCAUCAUUGUUGUUCAGAUGGGCAUGACACCCUCAGCCAAACAGUCUCUAGUUGACAUGGCGCCCAAAUACAUAUUGGAGCAGUUCCUACAGCAGGAGCUGCUUAUUAACAUCACAGAGCAUGAGCUUGUUCCAGAGCACAUUGUUAUGACAAAAGAGGAAGUGACUGAACUUCUGGCAAGAUAUAAAUUAAAAGAGAGUCAGUUGCCGAGGAUCCAGGCUGGGGACCCUGUGGCUCGCUACUUUGGCUUAAAAAGAGGACAGGUAGUAAAGAUCAUCAGGCCUAGUGAAACAGCUGGGAGGUACAUCACAUACAGACUGGUCCAGUGACAGACAGAUGUUCUUCUGGAUCAACAUUUAGGAGGACCAGUGAAGGAAAUUGAAGAUGUUACAUCUUUCAUCACCCAUCAGUGGAUUACCCUUCUUUGUGACUUGUUUUGUUUAGAUUUAAAUAUUUGAUGUUGUUACGGAUUUUGUAAAAUAAAUGAUUUAAAAUGAAA